AUGAAGCUGCUGGUGUUCUCCCCAAGCGAUGACUGUGAAGAAACGGAUGUGCUGGAGUACGAACACGAUGCCAGCGAGUCAGAGAAUGAGGACAUGCUGAGCGCGACUGUUUCGGCAGAAGAUUUGGACGAUGACUACACAACAGACUCAGUAGAAGACAUGGACGUCGCACCUUCCUUCCGCCGACGAUAA